CAAUUACAUAUAUAUAUUUUUACUUCACAGAAAUAUGGAUCCAAGUUUGCUACGAGAACGAGAACUUUUCAAGAAACGAGCACUCUCUACUCCUGCUGUAGAAAAACGCCCAACACCCUCUUCUGAUUCCUCAUCUUCUAAAAAGAAAAAGGCAAAAGUAGAGCAGAGUGGAUCCUCAAGCUCAAAACAAAACUCAGACCACAGCAAUGGAUCUUUUAACUUGAAAGCCCUUUCUAGUGGCUCUGGUUACAAAUUUGGAGUUCUUGCAAAGAUAGUGAACUACAUGAAGACCCGGCAUCAGCGUGGUGAUACACACCCAUUAACUUUAGAAGAAAUAUUGGAUGAAACUCAACAUCUAGAUAUUGGACUGAAGCAGAAACAAUGGCUAAUGAAUGAGGCCCUUGUCAACAAUCCCAAAAUAGAAGUUGUAGACGGAAAAUAUGCUUUCAAACCUAAAUACAAUCUAAAAGAUAAAAAAGCCCUCCUCAGACUCUUGGACAAACAUGACCAGCGAGGAUUGGGAGGGAUCCUUUUAGAAGAUAUUGAAGAAGGGCUGCCCAAUGCUCAGAAAGCCAUAAAGGUCUUGGGGGACCAGAUCAUUUUCGUUACACGUCCUGAUAAGAAGAAAAUACUUUUCUACAAUGAUAAGAGCUGUCAGUUUACAGUGGAUGAAGAAUUUCAAAAACUUUGGAGGAGUGUUCCUGUGGACUCCAUGGAUGAAGAAAAAAUAGAAGAGUAUCUGAAACGUCAGGGUAUUUCUUCAAUGCAGGAUGCAGGCCCCAAGAAAAUAGCUCCUAUUCAGAGGAGAAAGAAGCCUGCUUCUCAGAAGAAACGGAGGUUCAAGACCCACAAUGACCAUUUGGCUGGGGUACUGAAGGAUUACUCUGAUGUGGUUCCAACUAAAUAGUGGCUCAUCUUGAACAGACCAUUGUGAGAUUGGAGUGUUCACUGAGCAACUGCUCAGUAGCUCUGAAGGACAAGGGUCCUGGUUAUAAUGUGAUGUGGUUCUCCCCUCCUUUUCCUAGUCCUGUGGCAACCAAGAAGAAACAGCUCUUGAAGUGAAGGAUAAAUCUGAGUUCUUAUUUCAUCGGCUAACACAAACUUGGAUCAAGGCUGUUCACUGUCAUAGACUUUUGGUAUCAGGGUGAGAAAUGUUCAACCUGUAACGCAAACAUCCGUGUUCAUUUAAGUCUUCUUUGAAGAAUUCUUUGGGGUCCUGAGGGUAUUUUCUUUUCUUCAUCUGAGAUUGACUUAGAGAUACAACUGAGUAUUUGUUUAUCAGUAUAAAAAAACUGUUUAUAAUAAAAUAAUUUGAGAAAGAUCA